AUGUUAUCUACGCUUCUACCCCUAUUUGGGUUGGCUGUUGCAGCUGCUGCACAAGGCGUACCUCAGCCUGCAGGUCUGAUUCCGCGCCAAGCUGCCAACACGAGCGCAACCACAAAUGCCACAAGUCGUCAUGCGUCCCUCCUGGUUGGUGCAGCUGGGCAAAUUCGAGGCUUCGACUUUGAUGGCAAAGCUUUUGUCCCAAAGGCCACAGUCAAUGUCACCGAACCAGGCAAAGCAGCCAGCUGGAUGAUCUUUAAGGAGCCCAAUCUUCUCUAUGCCGUCGACGAGAAUGGUAACGCCACUCGUCUGUUCAAUUACGACAAGAAAACUGGAGUUCUUUCUCAAGAGCUUCGCAGCUUCAAUGGUUCUAGUGGCGUUGUUCACCUAGCCUUUAACGACGACAAAACAAUUCUAGUAGGGUCUUCUUAUGGUCUAGGUCAGGUUGAUAUCUGGGACUCAGCCGCGGCUGAUGGCAGCCUUAAGCUCAUCAAGCAAGUUCCUCUUCCAGGUACACCUAGUCUGGUUGAUAAGGAUGCUCAAAAAGUACUUCGUGCUCAUGGGGCUGUACUAGAUCCUACAGGUCAGUAUUUUAUCAUCAACGAUCUCGGAGGCGAUAAGUUGCACAUCUUGGAUAUAGCAGACGGUAAAUUCGCUAUUACAGAGAGCACGCCUGUCACUCCAGCAGGCUCUGGACCUCGCCAUGGAGCUUUUCUUACCCUCGAUGGUGGCAAGAAGGCGACCCAUUACAUUGUUGUUUGUGAGCUCACAAACACGAUUCAGAUGUUCUCAGUAUCUUAUGAGAAUGGUCUUAAACUCACCGGAAUUCAGACAAUCUCUACUUUCGGUGCAGCCUUCCCUCCUGCCAACGUCAUCACCGCUCGAGCUGGUGAACUUGUAGUCUCGGGAGGUACUGGCCCUGCAUAUGUCUAUGUUUCCAACCGUCUCACCGGCAACUUUACCGAUAGCAUCAGCCGUUUUGCCAUCGAGGCCAAGUCUCAAACCGACAAAACUCCCCAGCUUGUCUUCAAGGGCUUCAUCGAGACAGGCGGCUUGGCUCCUCGCAUGUUCAGCUUCAGCAAAGAUGACAAGCAGCAAACCUUGUUUGUGGCGAACGUGAAUGGCGAAUUCACUCUGCAGGCUCAUGAGCGGUGUAACUCGACCGUUACCACUGACUGCCAGAUGGGUAGGACGCCAAUGGCGAAGUUUGCGUUCAGUCAGUUCUCGAGUCAGCCUAGUGGUCAAGGCUUUGGGGCUCAAUUUGUGAUGGAUGUCACACCUUGCUGA